CUAGUCGGGUGAUUGGGAACAGCGAGUGGGUCGUUACGCGGAAGUUGCUUCGUUCGUUCGUAGGUUCAGUCGAGAUAGGUUGGUUGUAGGGUGUUCCGUUAACGGGUCACUCACCGAUUCAACAUUCCAAAGGCUGGGUCUUCUUACCACUUCUUCACACUCUUCUUUGGCACUUGUGAAGCCGCGCAAUACAGAACGUCACCAUGUACGCUUGCUCUCGACUCAUCGCUCCCAUUGCCAGGUCUACUUUGGUUUCUGGAACCAAGACUUAUUUUCGACCAUUGAGCAGUGUGGUCAGUCAAAGCCAAUCUUUACAACAGCAGAAACAACUUCAACCACCAGUGUGUUUAUCACAGGUGCGUAACUUCCAAACUUCCUUAAUCAGACGUGAUAUUGAUUCUGCUGCCAAAUUCAUCGGUGCUGGUGCUGCAACUGUUGGUGUUGCAGGAUCUGGUGCUGGAAUUGGAUCUGUAUUUGGUUCCCUCAUUAUCGGUUAUGCUAGGAAUCCAUCUUUAAAACAGCAAUUGUUUUCAUAUGCUAUUUUAGGUUUUGCUUUAUCUGAGGCUAUGGGAUUAUUCUGUCUCAUGAUGGCUUUCUUACUUCUGUUUGCUUUCUAAGGCAACAAUAUCAUCAUAAAAAAUUGCUGAUAGUUUUAGUGCAUCACUGUCAAACAAUAUGUCUUUGCUUCAAAAAAAAAAAAGCAAUGACUAUCCUUGGUACACAGAAUGCCAUGAAAUCAUUAAGGAUGCCCAUACUUACAUUUCGAUGGGAAAACAGCAGUGCAACUAUGAACAGAAUCAAGCCUACGUGGACCGGAUCAUCGUUAAAACUCUCAGAGUUCUUUCUAAUUAUUAGAAUAUUUGUAAUUAUUUCAUGGCUUACUGUCUCAUGUAGCGUAACUGACAUUGUUAUAAAAUAAUGAAUUUCAGUGUAAUGAAACAAAA